GUGCAACACCAAUACCAAUAAAAUAUUUUUUUAUAGAGUGAUGUUUACAACUAGUGAAUGGACUAGUAAUAGACAGUACAUUGUUGAUCUGAGAUUGUCAGACAAAUUAUUACGAUAUAUUAUUACAUGUUCUAUGUUAUAGCCCAACAGUUCAAUAGGAACUUUUCCCAUUUUUUACUUCGUAGAAGCAACGCUAACAAGCUUUUUUUCCACUUUUUGCUAUUUAAAUUUCUUCUCAAAUUCAGACAUAACAACGAACGGGGACUCAUAAUUAUUGAUAAUUAAAAUAACAUCUUGUUUUUCUGUUCCUAAUGUAAAUAUUUUUUUCGAAAUUUGAAGGAAAAAACAAAAAAAUGUGUGCAAAAUAGAAACACAAGGACGACACAUUUUAAAAAUAGUAUGUUUUUGUUGUUGUAGUACAUAUUCCACAUAUCUUGAUCAAAACAAUCACAGAUCUUUUCUAUUUUCUGAUUUUUUUGUCUCCUUCCGACAUUUGAAUAAAGCAUACAGCCAACAUUUAGCUAUAUGAAAAAUAGAACAGAGAUUAAUGCUAUCUAUGAAGGCGUAUGGAUGAUUGUACACUUUACAUGGAAAAAACCUGGAAAUUUGUCUCCGAGAGAAAAAUAAAUUGAACAUUUUAUCAUUAAGACAGUGUUUCAGCUCAUUCAAAGACAGUGUUAUUGCACAUGUGCAAGAAAAUUUUCUUGACAAAGAAUACAAUGAAGAAAAAAUUCUGUCAAGAAAACACAAAUAAUUCUUCAAAGUAGGGACAUUCCCGUGAUAGAAAAGGGUAGUUUUUUUUCUUUCUCUUCUUUUUUUCUUUGUAUUACUAGUAGCGAAGUAUAAUUAUAAUAUAGAACUAUACAAUAAUUUUCGCUUGAUAGAAACAACAUUGAUAGAAAUGAGGUUAUUAUUGAUUCUUUGGUUUUUAUGUUAUCUUGUAUUCAGAAAAAUGUGUGCUAUGAUAUAAGAAGAGUGCAUAACAAAAUUAAAACUAUUAUUUAUCCAACAGUGUCUAUCUCCACUUGAAUAAUUGAAGUAUUUUGUACCACCUCGAAGGUUCGAUCUCUCAGUGUACCAUCUGAAAAAUGAAUUUCUAUAGCAAAAAAGCGUAUCAUCUUACUUUUGUUUGAGACAUUGUGCCUCAAACGUUUCACAGGAUAGACGCCCAUGUAUUUAUCUGAUAUGUUUAUUCUAGAACAAUUCUAUCAUCUCUUGCCUUUUUAUUCAAACAUUUAUGUACAAAUCAAUUAAUCUAUAGUUAUAUGUUUGUUUUGUUUAUUUAUAGAUUUAAUCUUUGCGUUUAUUUAGAAAAAUGAACGAAUCACCGUCAAUAGAAUUAUCAACACCCAGUUUUAAUUUGUCUGCUUUACCGCUCGAUGAAUUAUCUAAAAUAAAACAAGAUUUAAAACAAAGUUUAACGGAACGUAAACCGACACAAUCACCAUUUAAAAAUAUUUUUCUUCAACAAGUUGCCAAUCUUCAACAACAGACAUCAUCGCCCGAUGUUCCACCCUCGACAGCUGAAGUUAUGCGAGAUAUUGAAUCGUUCGAAUCGACAAAGCCGGUAUCAUUAGCGGAACUAUGUCAAUUACGCGAUUCAUUCUUGCCUACAUCUCCUCCUGUCUCUUCAUCAGUGCCUCCGAAAAAAAAAUUCAUUAUACGAAAUCACACACUAACCAGCGAUAAUUUUUUGACUGAUAACAUUAACAACAACAACGACAAUAAUAAUAAUAAUAAUUCAUCGUUCAUUCAAAUUAUCAUUGAUCAAAAACCCUAUACACUCCAAGUCGAAACACAGGAGACAAAUUUUGAUAAAAUGGAUGAUAGCUACGAUAUGAAACAAGUUAUGGAACAAGAAAUAAAGUCUCAAGAUUCAUCAGCUACAACAAACGUGACACAAAACAUGUCGAAUGAAGUAACAUCAAGUAAUCGAAUACCAAGAGUUAAACGUCCACGUUUAAAUCAAUCAUUGGUAUCUACUAAUUUACCAUCUGUAUCGAAUAACAACGGUACAGGUGAUGUUGGUCGACGUAAACAUAUUCGUGAUAGUAAUCGUGAAGCGGCGAGAAGAUGUCGUGAACGACGUCGUCAAUAUAUUGAAACAUUGGAAAAUAAUUUGGAACGUGAAAAAGAGAAAACUCAAAAAUUAGAAGUUGAUUUACAAAAUUUAAAACGAGAAAAUACACAAUUAAAAACCAUUCUUAGUGAAACAACAAAAUUAUCUUUUACAACUACGAUACAAUAA